UCUUCUUUUCAUUCUGCGUGUCCUUGUGAUAAAGACAGCACAGUCGACCAGUAAUCCGCAGUGCCGAAAGAGACAGAGCGAGAGAGGGACAGAGAAGCGAAGGGGGCGUGAGGGUGAACACACGUGAGACAGGCGAAGAGAGAUCGAGAGAGGGAGAGAGAGGGGGAGAGAGAGACAGUGGGAGAGAGCGAGAACUGCAAAAUCUACCAAGCAGUCGUGGCGUGUGGUCGCCGACUACUCUGUCCGCCCGGUCCAUUGUGUCGGCUCUACUGAUAGGCCUUGCAUUCCAGGCAUCCAGGGCUCCUCUCUGAUCAGUGGGCAGCCUUGUCUGCUCCUGGGAGAGUCUGUGUGUGUGUGUGUGUGUGUGUGUGUGUGUGAGACACUCCGGUCUGCCACUCACAUUAUGCAACAACAGACAACUAUGAGCUCGUGCAGCAGCCGGGCUCUGACGCUGCUCUCCUCCGUGUUCGGGGCGUGCGGCCUGCUCCUGGUGGGCGUGGCCGUGUCCACCGACUACUGGCUGCUGAUGGAGGAGGGCAUCGUGCUCCAGCAAAACCAGACCAUCGAGGUCAAGAUGGCGCUGCACUCGGGCCUCUGGAGGACCUGCUUCAUCGCCGGUGCUGAGACGGGGAGGUGUGUCGCAGCAGAGUACUUUAAUGAGCCUGAAAUAGAAAUCACAACCGAAAAUACAGCAAACAUUUUGAAGAUGGUGCGGACAGCCACUCCAUUCCCCAUGGUGUCCCUCCUCUUCGUCUUCACCGCCUUCGUCAUUAGCAACAUCGGACACAUCCGCCCACAGCGCACCAUCCUAGCCUUCGUCUCCGGAAUCUUCUUCAUCCUCUCAGGGCUCAGUCUGGUGGUGGGCCUGGUGCUUUACAUCUCCAGUAUAAAUGAUGAGGUGAUGAACAGGCCUCGGGAGCCUGAGCUCUUCUUCAACUACCGUUACGGCUGGUCCUUUGCCUUCGCUGCCAGCAGCUUCCUGCUCAAAGAGGGGGCAGGCGUGAUGUCUGUGUAUCUGUUCAUGAAACGAUAUGCUGAAGAGGAGAUGUACAGGCCCCACCCGGCUCUCUAUCGCCCCCGCCUGUCGGAGUGCAGUGACUACAGCGGCCAAUAUCUGCACCCGGAGUCGUGGCCGCCCUCCCAGCAUGUGCGCAGAGCCUCCGAGGUCUCCAGCGACAUCUCCAUACAGCUCAACCAGACGCCACCGCCGCCGCCCAAGAGCAACUCUCAGCAGGGAGGCCCGGGGAUGGGGCCCUCCACCUCAGUGCCAUCCUCCGGCUCCAGCUACCAGCUCAACUCCCCGGGCAGUGCCAACUACCCCCACUCCCACCCACUGCACCCUGGGCACGGGGGCCCCGGGGCUUCCCAGACCCUGCCCCUCUCCAUGCCCCCCAACGCCGGGGGCCCACCCCACUACCACACGCACAUGCGCAUGGGCGCCUCCCCCUGCUAGCAUGUGUGGUGCUGCAGAGACAGAGAGAGAGAGAGAGAGAAUAGAGAAUAGACUUUGGGGCAAAAAGAGAGAAGCCAAGAAAGAGAUAGAGUUAGAGAGAAACAUUAAGAGAAAAAUAGAGGGAAAAAGAGAACAAAGAGUGGAAGGGUGAACAGGGGGGACAAAGAGAAGUGGACAAAGGACAGAGCCAGAGCAGGGUUACACAUGGGAGACACUGAGGAGAUGUAUUGUUAUGGGGGUGCACACUGGGGGAGAUUGAGGAGGUAGAGAAAAUAGAUUAGGGGAUAAAGCUCAGAGAAGUUCCUCUGCGCAGGACACAACUGCUGUAGAGAGAUACUUGGCCCUGAUAUCACCCUGCAAGAGACUUUUGUUGCAAAAGACUGAUGAACAAAACUGCAUUCUAUCGUAAAACACAAGGGACAGUGGUUUGAUGUCCAGAGUAAAUAUAGAUAUCGAUUGUGCAUAAACUGUAUAUAAACAUAUUCAUAUGUUACUGUUUUAAUUUCUUAAAGAUUUAUGAACAUCCUAGUGCAUUCAUUUGAAUAAUUACUACUGUUACAUGUAAGGCCAGGAAUAUGCAAUCAGAUUCAUCCAUUUUAUGUAAAAGCCUCCACCACACUGCUAAUGUUGUUAGUGCUGGAAACAACAGUAAUUUAAAAUAUUUAUGGUGUAUUUCAUACACAUAUACAUGUAUAUACACAAGGAUGAGAUGACAUUUCUACAUGACUAGACUUGUACAAAUUGAAACUGGAAAUAAAUCAUUAAUUUCUAUAAAUAUGUUGAUGAAUUACAGGCUGUGUGUAAUGAAAACUAGUACUAAUACAAAUAUUGCAUAUCCACAUUUUUGUACAUCCACAUUGUUAUCAUGGAUGACACCUUUCCACAAUGAUUCACAUGAUUAUACUGGAGAAAAAACAGAACA